AUGUCUAUGGGAUGGACUUCCCCUGUUUUUCCACAACUGAAAUCAGCUAACUCGCCACUGCCACGAGCGCCAACACCACAGGAGGAAUCUUGGAUUGGUUCACUACUUGUACUUGGAGGAUUACUUGGUCCAUUAAUAACAGUGCCAUUAUCUAAUCGAAUCGGUCGAAGGUUGAUAAUCAUGGGGUCUAACAUACCAUUGCUCCUCGGUUGGCUACUGGCCGGCGUCGCCACGGACUUGCCCAUGCUCUAUGCAGCCAGGAUAAUGUGGGGUUGUGCUACUGGAAUGCAGUUUGCCACUGUUCCUCUGUAUAUUGGGGAAAUUGCUGAAGACAAAAUUCGUGGAUCACUUAGUGCUCUAUUCCUUCUAUUCAUUAAUGUAGGGUUCUUACUAGCAUAUGCUAUAGGACCGUUCACUUCCUACUGGGGUUUGACCGGCGCGGGCGGUGUUCUAUCAUUAUUCUAUGUCCCGUUUACAUGGUUUAUUCCGGAAACACCAUUUUUCUUAGUUUACAAAGGUAAAAUCGAAGAAGCCUCCCAAGUCCUACAAAACCUUCGAGGCCUUCCCAAAGACGUGGUCCAGGCUGAACUGGAAGCGUUGCAGGCGAUGGUCGUGAGAGAAUUCAAAGUGGAGCCAAGAAUUAAAGAUCUAUGGGCGACUAGAGGGAAUGUUAAAGCCUUGGGUAUUUGCGUAUUCCUAGCAAUGUUACUACAGCUGUCGGGUAUCGACGUGCUACUGUUCUACAUGGAGGAGCUCCUGGUGAAGGUGGGCACGCGCAUAUCCCCAUCAGAUGGCACCAUUAUUAUGGGAGUUGUUCAAGUAGUAACAAGUUGCGUCACCCCGCUGGUUGUGGACAGACUCGGACGGAAGCUGCUCAUGUGGACCACGUCGUUGGGACUCACGAUAUUCUUGGGAAUAAUAGGCAUUUACGCGUUACUCGACUCUCACUUCAAGUACGACGUGACGUCGUGGGCUUUCCUGCCUUUGCUGUGUCUCAUUAUAUACAUGAUACUGUUCACUUUAGGUGUGGGUCCAGUGCCAUGGAUCUUGGUGGCAGAGAUGUUCCCAGUCCGCACUAAGUGCCUCGCGAGCGGCAUCGCUUCCUUCAUGUGCUGGCUCGCCGGCUUUAUAUGGACGAGGUUUUUCCGUGAUGUAGCAGCGUCGUAUGGUAUUUACACUGCUUUCUGGGUGUUGGCCGUUUGUUGUGGACUUGGCUUCAUAUUCUCUGUAAGUCCACUUCUGCCAGAAACGAAGGGGAAAACCUUCGACGAGAUACAGGAUAUGUUGAAUAAUAAGAGCAAUGAACCAAAACCAGUGGACGUU